UCCAGUGGGUCAUUCCGAAAUCCAAACGCAUCCAACCAACAGCAACCACAGCCGCAUCGCGUCAUCCACUCCGCCGCGCUCGCCUCUCCCCAGCGACGACGGAAAUGGUCGCCGCCAUGGCCACCGCCGCCUCCACGGCCGCGCCGCCACUCCGCCCCGCGAGGCCCCGCCGCGGCUGCAGCGUUCGCUGCUCCGCGGUGGCUAGCGGCUCGGCCGAGGCUCCGGCCUCCCCCGGCGCGCGGGUGUCCGCGGACUGCGUCGUGGUGGGCGGCGGCGUCAGCGGCCUCUGCACCGCGCAGGCACUGGCCACCCGGCACGGUGUAGACGACGUUCUCGUCACGGAGGCCCGCGCCCGCCCCGGCGGCAACAUCACCACCGUCGAGCGCCCCGAGGAAGGGUACCUCUGGGAGGAGGGGCCCAACAGCUUCCAGCCCUCAGACCCCGUCCUCACCAUGGCCGUGGACAGCGGGCUGAAGGAUGACUUGGUGUUUGGGGAUCCGAACGCGCCGCGGUUCGUGCUGUGGGAGGGGAAGCUGAGACCUGUGCCGUCCAAGCCAGCCGACCUCCCGUUCUUCGAUCUCAUGAGCAUCCCCGGCAAGCUCAGGGCCGGCCUCGGCGCCCUCGGCAUUCGCCCGCCUCCUCCAGGGCGUGAGGAGUCGGUGGAGGAAUUCGUGCGCCGCAACCUCGGCUCUGAGGUCUUUGAACGCCUCAUUGAGCCUUUCUGUUCAGGUGUCUAUGCUGGUGAUCCUUCAAAGCUCAGUAUGAAGGCUGCAUUUGCCAAGGUGUGGAGGUUAGAGGAGACUGGAGGUAGUAUUAUUGGUGGAACCAUCAAAACGAUUCAGGAUAGGGGCAAGAACCCUAAACCAGCAAGGGAUCCCCGCCUUCCAAAGCUGAAGGGGCAGACAGUUGCAUCUUUCAAGAAGGGUCUUGCCAUGCUUCCAAAUGCCAUUACAUCCAGGUUGGGUAGUAAAGUCAAAUUGUCAUGGAAACUCACAAGCAUUACAAAAUCAGACAGCAAGGGAUAUGUAUUGAUGUAUGAAACACCUGAAGGGGUUGUUUCGGUGCAGACUAAAAGUGUUGUCAUGACCAUUCCGUCAUAUGUUGCUAGCGACAUCCUGCGUCCACUUUCAAGCGAUGCUGCAGAUGCUCUUUCAAGAUUCUAUUAUCCACCAGUUGCUGCUGUAACUGUCUCGUAUCCAAAGGAAGCAAUUAGAAAAGAAUGCUUAAUUGAUGGGGAGCUCCAGGGUUUUGGUCAACUGCAUCCACGCAGUCAAGGAGUUGAGACAUUAGGAACGAUAUACAGCUCGUCACUUUUUCCAAAUCGUGUUCCCGCUGGAAGGGUGUUACUUCUAAACUACAUAGGAGGUGCGACAAACACAGGAAUAGUUUCCAAGAGUGAAAGUGAGCUGGUAGAAGCAGUAGACCGUGACCUCAGGAAAAUGCUCAUAAAUCCUAGAGCAAUGGACCCUUUGGUCCUUGGUGUCCGAGUGUGGCCACAAGCCAUACCUCAGUUCCUGGUAGGACAUCUUGAUCUUCUCGAGGCUGCAAAAUCUGCCCUGGACAGAGGUGGCUAUGACGGGUUGUUCCUCGGAGGGAACUAUGUAGCAGGAGUUGCUCUGGGCCGAUGCGUGGAGGGUGCGUAUGAGAGUGCCUCGCAAAUAUCUGACUUCUUGACCAAGUAUGCCUACAAGUGAUGGAAGAAGUGGAGCUGCCCAUUAUGUUGCAGAGAUGAGGUGAGACCAAGAGUAGUAAAAGCUUUACGAGCAUUUUGGGUCUUCUUUCUUAAGUUGUACUUUUGAUCUUUUUCCUCGUAGCAGUUAGAUUUUAGGGGUGUAGGAGAUUGUUUCAUUCGCCAUCCUGUAAUUUUUUAUCGAAUUUAUUUAUGACGUCAGUGUAGCCACCCGUAUAGUCUUUUCCUGUAAACACUGUACCAACAAAAUAAAAGUAUUAUUCUGCAUGAGCAAAGAAAAUGUGCAAUUAUA